AUGGCGACGUGUAAACUUAGCAUAUUUAACGCUUCUUACUUUCCAGUCCUCCAGGGGGUCAAAGAGUUCAAGUCAGCCCAUAGGGCAUCAGCAUCCAGUCCAUCAAAGAAGCUACAUCCUGUCUUCACAUCAUCUGGUUUACUGAUUACGUACAUUGCUUUAAAGAAGCUGAAAAAAAACAACGGACAGUUUAACCUGUGGCGUUAUUAUAUUCAUCGAUAUUGGAAACUGACACCGACCUUUGUCAUAAUUUCCGGAUGCAUCUGGCUAAUAGAAGAUCUUGGGAGUGGUCCGGUUUGGAAAGAAAACAUUGAUCCUUUGGUCAAAAGUUGCAAGAAAAACUGGUGGACAAAUGUUUUUUACAUCAGUAACUUUUUGAAAGUUCAAGACAGAUGCUUUCCUCACUGUGGUUUCAUAUCAUGCCUGAUGCAGUUUUUCUUCAUUUCACCGGUGAUCUUCUUGGUUUUAUAUAGGAAACCAGUGAUUGGAAAAAGUUUCAUUCUGACUGGGAUACUUGUAUCUGCCAUGGUCCUUGCUAUUAUAACACCGUUAUUGAACCAAAUGCCCGUUUUGCUGGCUUCUGUAGCAGAUCACAGUGUUCAGAUGGAGUUUUUACACCUGGUCAUCACGAUGCCAUACACGCAUCUGGGAACAUAUUGUGUUGGCAUGGCAACAGGCUAUCUUAUCUAUACUUACAAUGAAAAGAAACUUCGGAUGCACCCAGUUCUGGUUGUGUUUGGUUGGAUUGUUGCUAUAACUUGUAACAUGGCCAUUGUGUUUGGACUAUAUCAAUGGAACAGCAAUAACAGUUUGCCGAACAAGGUUACUGCAACUGUUUACGCUGCAUUCAGUCGUAUAGGUUGGUCUCUGGGUUUGGCCUGGCUAACAAUCGCCUGUCUAUAUGGAUAUGGGGGAAUCAUCAACAGCUUUCUGAGCUGGAAGGGUUUUACUCCUUUAAGUCGGAUGACAUACGUUGUGUACAUAAUUCAACCAGCGUGGAUUGGUGUCUUCCGCAGUCACCUCAGGAGUACUUUGUAUUACAGCAAUAUUUUUGUAACCUACAUUUUUAUCGCUUACGUCACGAUUUCGUACAUCAUGGGUUUUUUGGUUGUGCUAAUCUACCAGACACCAUUUUUGAACCUGGAAAAGCUCGUACUUAGCAGAACUACUAAUGAAAAACAGGACUCGGUGGAAGAAGAAAAACACAUCGGUACACAAACCUCAGCUUAA